AUGUGCGACGUGCUGCCCCUGCAACCCGCUGGCUUCUUCCUCCGCACGGCCCGCAGCUUCCGGACGUCGCACGCCGUGCCCCCAUUUUCGAACCCUAUUCUUGCGGGUCUCGGCAACUGCACGGACAUUGACGUUGCCCUGGGCCUCGAGCUGAAGUACGACACGCCACUGCCAUCGCCAACGGCCUCUCACUUGGCGACACAGAGCCAGCUCGUGGACGAGCCGCUGGACUUUCUUACGAUCAUUCGUUGUGGACUCGAAGACGCGGUCGACGACCGCGAGGGCGACGGCAGUGACAGUGACGUCGACAGCGACGACGACGACGACGACACUGGCGCGUCUGGGUACUACCAAGGCAGUAAGGAAAACACAUACUAUAGUCCAGGCCAGAAAAGCGCAUUCUCCAGUGCGUUCCAGGACGAUGCCCUCUACUUGUCCGACACGUCCACUGCUUCUUCGUCGCUCGUGACCGCGUGGGCAUUGCAAGAGUCUGACGACGAAGAAGCAGCAGCAGCAGCAGCAGCAUCAGAAGCCAGUGACGACGACGACGACGACGACGACUUGGACGCCCUUAUGUUUCAGCUCGAGAUGUGA